AUGUCUACCCCGAUUGUAAAGAAUACGUACAACGUCGGGGGGCUUCUCGUCCACAUCUACUCCAAGCCCAACCUGCUCUCUGUCUCUGGGGCCUCAAAGGAGAUCGCAGCUCUCUUCCUUCUUCAUGGAAGGACAGGUUCCGCAGACGAUCCCUACAUUGGAGGGACUGCGCAAUCUGCCUUCGACUGGGCAGAACAACACCCUGGUCAGCAGCGCGAUUUCAUCGUGAUCGCCUUCGACCACCGUAAUCACGGACAUAGACUAGUCGACGCACUCGGUAACAAGGGAUGGAAGAAAGACCAGAAAUCUGAGGAUCACAAUGAGCGUCAUGCGCAAGUAUCGUCCGGGACAGCCAGGGACGUAUCAUUCUUGAUCGACUUCCUCCCCUCAUAUCUAUUCCCACGCGACGAGCGCACCAUCGUUGAAUGGGUUGUUGCGGGCAUCAGCCUCGGCGGGCACUCAACCUGGAUCGCCCUCAAGAACGAUCCACGCGUCAAGAUCGGCAUUCCCGUCAUCGGGUGCCCCGACUACCUUGCCCUCCUCGCAUCGCGUGCCGAACACGCCGGAGUCACUCUCGCCCCGCCUUAUGUCCCUGCCUCUCUCCUCUCCAUCAUACGGCGAGAGGACCCUGCAGCUGUGUCCAUCCGCGCUUCCGAGGCUUCUGCAAACCCUUUCCUCGGCAAGAAGAUCCUCGUACUGUCCGGCGCGGCCGACAAACUUGUCCCGUGGGUUGCGUCGAAGGAGUUCGUGGAGGCACUACAUGUGGGUGAGGGUGGGCGAAAGCAGGUCGUACUUGAGGAGAGUGCAGGGCAUGAGUAUACAGACAGGAUGAAGGCUGAACUUGUCAAGUUCUUCUGGGAGGAGGCGUUGGUGACUGAUCCGAAGCCAGCUCUGUGA